AUGGAAGUCAAUCCGCAUUGGCAGAACCAGCUUCUGGGCACGCCCGUGGUGCAGACGGCACCCAUGUACUUCCCGGCCGGCGCCAGCGUCUUUCCGACGGACCCGAACGUCAACCCGCUGUACUGGCUGCAGCGGAGUCCUCAGCUCCAGAUGGUCCCAGUGCCCGAAAACGCACCGGCGCCAGCUCCACCAGCUCCGCCGGCUCCGGCAGAAGCGGCGAGCUCCACGGAUCCG